AACUUGCUCGAGUGUUCUAAAGAUUAUAACCGAUCUGUAUUUUCUAGUGUUUUUUGCAUUUUUCUCAACGUAAGAGAACUGUGUUCUAUCUCAGAUUUAGAAUACUUUAAUUUAAUUUUGUUUGCAUAUUUUUGCCUCAGUUAAAUCUGCCAAAAUGGUGCAUGGUUCUAUGAAAAUCAUCAGGAAUUUGCUAUUCGUAAUUAAUUUCAUAUUUGUGAUAUGUGGCAUUGCUCUGAUUAUUGUUGGAGCUCUAGGGACCAAAAAGGAUAUGACGCAUUUCUUGGAUAACAAAUAUAUAACGGUGCCGUACAUUUUAAUCGUCCUAGGAUCUGUUAUAUUUGUGAUAUCAUUUUUUGGAUGCUGGGGUGCUAUGCAAGAAAAUCAUUUUAUGGUGAUGGUCUUUGCUCUUCUCGUAUUUGUUCUGAUGAUGAUUGAGCUUGCUGGUGGAAUAGCUGCAUACUUUUACAAGGGAGAAGUUGAAGAUUUUUUGAGAAUGAACAUGAAUGAAAGUUUGGCCCAACAAAGAGAAGAAUCAGUGAAAAUUUGGAAUUUCAUUCAAUAUCAAUUUGAAUGCUGUGGUAUUGAUGGCGCUCGGGAUUACAUGAAAUUAAAUCUUAAAAUUCCAAACAGUUGCUGCAAAGAUAACGCUCCCUGCACUGAAACAGAUGCAUUUCAAGGCUGCUUUAGUCAAGUACUUGAACUAGUCAAAGGUUCUAUUACAAUCAUUGGCGGUGUUGCUAUUGGUAUCGCUGUAGUUGAACUUUUAGGGUGUAUGUUUGCUUUAUGCUUAGCUCAUGCAAUCAAGAAGGAUCAAGAAAGAAGAUAGACAUAAGGAAAAGGUUGUGUAUUUAAAAGUUCUACUAGCUCAAUGAAUUCUAAAAUUUUGAUUACAAUUGAGAUAAUUUUUCAUCCCAUGUACAUAAUUUCAAUUUCAAAAUUCUUUUUCUGAAACGUUUAUGUUUCUAAGAAGUUAUGAAAGAGUAGAAACUUUUAUAUUAAACUAUAUUGUAAUUUCAUGACUUGGACUCUUAGUCUAUUUUUAUUAUUGAUUAUAAAGUUGUAAAUAAUCGAUCUGAAAAUCGAAGUAUGCUUAGGUUUAUUAUUUUUAACAUUGUAUUUUUAUUAUUAAUUUCAAAAUUCUUUUCAUUUUUAAAAGAUUGUUGACUUAAAUACUAAAAUAAUAAAAGCUAGUUCUGCUGUGAUAUUUUCUUAGCGUUACCAAUGACUCACUAACAAUACACGUCAGUAUGAUAUUUCCAAAGUAAGCAAAAUUUAUGUCAUAUUUUUCUUUGAAAUAUUUUAAAUAGUAAACUUAUGUUUAAUUUAGGAAAACCUUUAUUA